CUGGCCUCAGCUGCUGUACGUGCGCGGGGAGGAGGAGCAGCUGCCCCUGGCGCCGGGCAGCGUAGACCUCAUCAUCAGCUGUCUGGGGCUGCACUGGGCCAACGACCUGCCGGGUGCCAUGGCCCAGUGUCGUGCUGCACUGGUGCCUGACGGCCUCUUCCUGGCGGCCCUGCUGGGGGGGGACACGCUGCAGGAGCUGCGCAUCUCCUGCGCCCUAGCCCAGAUGGAGCGGCAGGGCGGGGUGUCGGCGGUGGUGUCACCCUUGGCGCAGGUUCGCGACGCCGGCAACCUGCUGACCCGCGCCGACCUGCGGCUGCCCACUGUGGACGUGGACCGCUUCGUGAUCGGCUACCCUUCCCCCCUGGAGCUGGUGCAGCACCUCAGGUCCCUGGGUGAGAGCAACGCCUCCAAGCAGCGCCGCAGGAGCCUGCACCGGGACUCGGCGCUGGCGGCCGCUGCGGUGUACCAGUCCAUGUUCGGAGGGGAGGACGGCAGCGUCAGCGCCACAUACGAGGUUAUCUUCAUGACCGGCUGGUCGCCCGCCGCCCACCAGCCCAAGGCCGCCAAGCGCGGGUCGGCAACCGUGUCGUUCCAGGACCUGGCGGAUGGCCUGGUGCAGGGCGGCAAGGGGGUGGGAGGCACCGCGGAGGAGGGAAUCGUGACGCCGCCCGGACAGCCGCAGGCCCCACCACCACCGCCCCCACCAUCCUCACGCACCCCACCGGCAUGAUUGCGACCCGUGCCGCCGGAAGCGCCCGCAUCCGCCCCGGAGUGGUCACUUGGGUACCUGUAUCAGCUCCUCGCUGGGUCGUUGGUGGGGAUUGUAGGACUGGGCAUUCGCGGUGUGACCGGUGUUGCGGUGUGGUGG